CAAUCAAAAAAACGAAGUAAUUCUAUUAGUGAGGCCAAGGAAUCGCCAAUAUCAAGGAAAAAAGGACUUUCGACACCAACACCUACAUCCAAAUAGGAUAUCAUACAUUUUGGAAACAAUCUUCUAUAUUCAUUCUAUAUAUCUUUAAUCUAUGUAUACACUCCACUAUUUAUUCUUCAUCUCUAGUGCUCUCCUUUUUCAUUCGUUGUAUAUUUGUCAUUAUUCGCGUCUUGUUGACUCAUUCUCUUCUCUUUCUCUCUCUCUCUCUUUUUUUUAUCCCCCUCUCCCAUUUAUCAAUAUAUAUAUAUAUAUAUCUAUUCUUUCCCUAUAUAUAUUUAUACAUAUUCCUUUUAUUAUUUUUUUUGUCGGAUUCAAAAUAAUAAAAAAAAAUUUUAUUUAUUACCAAAUGUCAUAAUUCAAAACUAGUUAUACAAAAAAAAUUCUAUUCUGAUUGAGACCAAUGUCCUAUAGACUGUCCUAUUGACCAA